AUGAAACCAAGAUGGAACAUUGCUGUAAUUUCUGACCUUUUUCUAUUAUUCUCCAUCGUAUUGAUCUCAACGAUUAGUGGAUGUCAAAUCGGAUGUCGUUGUCCGAAUCGAGAGACCGCUGAUUGCUCGGGAUCCGGCUUCCGAACGGUUCCCAUUUUACUCGAUCCACGAACAACAAAACUCAGUUUGGACAAUAAUCGGAUACAGAAAAUAACGGCCGACGAGCUAAGCAUCUAUCCAGGUCUCCUCUCCUUAUCCCUCUCGAAUAACUCGAUCGUUCAUCUCUCAAAUGAAGUCUUCUCAUCACUUUCCUUUCUCGAAACACUCGACUUAUCAGCCAACAAAAUUCUCACCCUACCACCGAAAGUCUUUGGAAAACUCGGGAAGUUGAAGCACCUUGACCUCUCCAGAAACGGAGUCCAACUCUCAGCCGACAUUCUCCACGGAUUGCAUUCCUUAGAGGAGUUGAAAUUGUCGGCGAAUGGCCUUUCCUAUCUACCACCAUCGGUUUUCAGACAUUCGCCGUCUCUUUGCCGUCUCAAUCUCGACUCGAAUCGUCUCAUCGAUUUGCCAAGAAGUGUUCUCUCAUCAAUUCCGAAGCUAAAAUCCCUAGAUGCUCACUCGAAUUUGUUAUCCAAUCUUGAAUCUGGGACUUUUGGUGAUCUCUCGUCGUUGGAAGCGCUCGAUUUGUCUGAUAAUAUGAUCGCCAAUAUCGAUGAUGGUGGAUUGACCGGAUUGGACGCGCUUUUGCUUUUAAAUCUCACGAAUAAUCAGCUUGUGCGUCUACCUGGCAACACCUGGCCUCUACCCAAUCUCCGAACGCUCGACCUCAGCGGGAAUCUCUUUGUCGCUCUCGAAACGGCCUCUUUCGACAAUUUGCCAUCACUACAAAAUCUCAAUCUGUCAAUGUCGAGGAAUUUGAAAAGCAUUCAUAUGUCCGCUUUUGUCUCUCUGAACUCACUGCGAUGGCUCUCGAUGUCGAACUCACAACUCGCCUCCAUCUCAAACACCGCUUUCGCCCCGCCACCACUCCUCAAUCAUCUAGAUCUAUCGAAUAACCAACUCUAUUCCCUGCCAUCAGCGGCUCUACCCUGGCAACGAAUUCGCUCGCUAAACCUCGCCGGCAACCCCUGGGAAUGUGAUUGUGCGUUACGGGAGAUGGAGCUGAAAGGAGCCAAUGCGAUCUGUUCUGGCCCUCAAUCCCAAGCGGCUAUGCCCGUCUCCACCCUUUCUCCUUGUUCUCCAUUGCGCGGUCUCGUUCUCCCUCUCCUACUCGGCAUUCUCGUCUUACUCUUGGCCAUUGUCACUCUAUUGUUAGCUGUUCGUCGGCCAAGACCGAGAAAGCAUUCGGAUCCGUUGUUGCAGACAUCAUCAUCGCUUUUCGUCUCUCAGGACAAGUACGGCUUCGAUCGGCCAUUCAUCUCACCUCCAUCAAGCGCCUCUCCGCACUCACCACACUCACCACAAUCACAAGAAUCCUACUACGAGGCGCCGAACACGAAACAUCUUCCCUAUGCUCCCUCAUAUCGACCGUCACUCUACGGCCAAUUGCCGCCAAGUUACAGCUCGAGUCGGACACUAUUAGUCGGAUCGAAUAGCUAUAAACAGAUCUAUCGUCCACCGCCACUCACCGCUCCUCCACCAAUUCCCCAAGUGAUUCCCCCAUUGGGACAAGGUGGCUAUUUGGAGAGAAGAGACAGUGGAGUCUAUGAAAAUGGACAUGAGCACGAAGAACGAAUCGGUCACAACAGAUUAUCGAAUGAAAUCGAGAUCGAGCAAAGCAAGCAAGCAAGCAAAGCAAUCUCGCCAAGCACACGAUUA